GCGCUAGUGCUGCACAGCGCAAAAAACCACGUAGCGAUUUUGGCGCAUACCUUACAGCGAAAGUUAGACGAAAAUAACAUAACGUUGGCACAACCACCUAUAUCUUAUCAUUCCGCCUCCACUCCCAAGCCGAUUCACCACCGGGCAGCAAUAUCUCUUUCAGAAUCCGCAUUACGUGCGCUGAACGGUGGCUUUCCAUUUCAUUCUUGGAUCGACCGGCCAGCUUGAUAACACCGGUGCAUAGUGAAUUCAGAGAGCACUUACUAAUUAAAUACAACUACGACCUCCGUGAUAAAAAAAAGGCAAUUGUCUGCAGCACAAAAAUGACGGAUCUUAUCAAACAGGGAGCUCUUUUCCUCAUGAGCGAGAAGUGCUAUGAUAACUACUUCCUGGAGCACAACUUCCUGGACAUUCCCUGCUUCAAGGCUUUGCUGAGUAAGGGCCUAGGUUUGGCUAUUAUCGCCGGAUCUGUGCUAGUCAAGGUCCCCCAGGUGUUGAAGAUUCUUAACAGCAAAUCUGGCGAGGGAAUUAACAUAGUGGGCGUAGUGCUGGACCUGCUGGCCAUUUCCUUUCACCUGUCCUACAAUUUUAUGAAUGGCUAUCCGUUCAGUGCCUGGGGUGAUAGUACCUUCCUGGCCAUCCAGACCGUAGCCAUCGCUGUUCUGGUUUUGUUUUUUAACGGUCGCAAGGCUCAGUCGGGUCUCUUCCUUCUGGGAUAUGUCCUGCUAAUGUAUGUCCUUAACUCAGGACUAACGCCCAUGACGGCUCUUUUCACCAUCCAGAGCUGCAACAUUCCCAUCCUGCUGGUGGGCAAGCUGUCGCAGGCGUACACCAAUUACAAGGCUGGAUCAACUGGUCAGCUGUCCGCUGCCACUGUGAUUAUGAUGUUCGCCGGCUCGGUGGCACGCAUCUUUACCUCCAUCCAGGAGACGGGUGACACCAUGAUCAUCCUGACCUUCAUUGCCUCCACUUUUGCCAAUUCGGUUAUACUGGGCCAGCUGAUCUAUUACUGGAACAAGCCUGUAGGCGGUAAGGCCAAAGAUUCUAAGUCCAAGAAGCCGAAGAGCAAGAAGGAUGAUUAGGCGCAAAAAAGGAAUGAUUAGUAACAGUUAAAGAGAAAUUUGAACUCGAAACAUAGGUUGCAACAACUUCUCGACAUUGUAGAACAAAUAUGCACUUUAAAUAAAUUGAGUCUUAGUUUA